UACCUGCGCCUGCACCUGUUACGAAAGCGGCGCAGAAUAUUUACCAGGCUGUCGCGCGAGUCUUUCCCGGAACAUUGAUACCACGACGCAACAUGAGACUUGCUGCCCUGUGAUUGAGGUUCAAUUUUGAUAGCUGUAGCCAUGCUGCACGUCGGUCAGGCCAGCGCAGGCCGGCCAGUGGCGAGCAGCCGUUCUGUCGCCAGGGGUCCUCGUCCACUGCAAUGCCCGGUUUCGACGUUUGCGCCAUCCUCUAGGCGCCUGAUUGCUGAGGCAAAGCGUGGUGGCAGGCCCACGUCGGAGCCGUCGGCAGCUGGCGAUGACGCGGACCCGCUGGCCGCAGUGGCGGAGCUCAACUUCCGCGAACUGCAGGCCGAGCUCAAGGCGCGCGGGCUGCCAGCUGGCGGCAAGCGCGAGGAGCUAGCGGAGCGCCUCGCCGCGGCCCUGGCGGACGAGGGCGCCGGCGCCGGCGCCAGCGCCACAGGGGGAAGCAGCAGCAGCAGUGGCAGUGGCAGUGGCAAUGCUAAGGCGGCGGCGGGGAUCGACCUGGACUCGGCGCUAGACCUGUUGGAGGAGGUGCCGUACGCAGAGCUGAAGGCGCUGUGCGCGGAGGCGGGUCUGUCCGCGGCCGGCAAGAAAGCCGAGCUGCAGCAACGGCUUGCGGAGGCUGCGGUGGCCGGCGACAUCGACCUCGUGUCGCCGCUAGAGGGCGAGGACCUGGAGCAGCCGGAGGCGGCACGGGCCGCCUCCCACGGCUCGGCGCAAUCCAGUGCCGCCGCCGCCGCCGAUGCCGCGGCGCUGCUGCCGGAGCUGCUGGCGUUGUCGGCGGAGGAGCUGGAGGCCAGCCUGUCCGAGUACGGCGUGGCGGCGCCCGGCGGCGGCGGCGGCCGCGGCUGGCGCGGUGACAAGCGGGCCAUGGCGCAGGCGCUGGCGGAGGCGAUGGUGGCCGAGGUCACGGCUGAGCUCGAGGAGGGCGGCGAGGCCGCCGACGAAGACGAGCUGCAAGAGGGCGGCUACGACGACGACGCGGACGGCCCCGACGCCCUGUUUGACGCCGAGAUGGAGCUGGGGGAUGCCGACCGCAAGCGGCUGCUGGCAGCGGAGUCGGAGGCGCUGCGGGCGCAGCUGGGCGGGAGCACGCGGCAGCAGCUGUACGCGGCGCUCAAGGAGCUGGACCGGCACGCGACCUACACCACCCGCGGGGUGCUGCUGGACCGACUGGUGCGCGCCCGAGCCGAGGCCGCCCUGGAGGCGACGCUGCAGGCGGCCGCGAAAAGCCCCGACGCCGCUGCCAAGCUCCGCAAGCGCAUCGCGCGCGCCGGCUCUUCCUCCACGCCCGACGCCGCUGGCGAUGCGGGCGCUGGCGCGGCUGGCGUGGCCAUCGACUUCAGCAAGCUCACGCUGCCCGACCUGAAGCACAUGCGCGUGACCGACUUGCGCGCGGCGCUGGAACACUUUGGAAUGGACUCCAACGGCAACAAGUACGACAUGCUGGAGCGGCUGAAGGCGCACCUGGUCGCUCUGCAGCCCGGCGGCGUCAUACGCCGCGGCCGUACCCCCGCCGCCGUCACCGCCGCCGCCGCCGCCGCCGCCGCCGCCCCCGAGGAGGGCGGCGGCUCCGCCGCAGAGGGCUCCGCCGCCGGCGGCGGCGCCGAAGGCGGCGAGGGCGAGCCGUCGUUGGACUAUGUGCUCGGCAUGAACCUUCGCUCGCUCCGCGAGGAGCUGGACAAGCGCGGCCUUUCCACUGCCGGCGCCCGCACGCAGCUGCAGCAGCGGCUGAUGCUCGAGCUUCGUGCCGAGGCGGAGCGCUCGGGCCGUGGCGCCGGCGGCGCCGGGGAGGCCGGGGGCUUGGCCGACGACGAUCACGACGAGGAGGUGCUGGAGGGGGGGCUGCCGGUGCGCCUGGCGGCGCUGGCGGAGCUGCCGCUCGAGCGCCGCGCCGCGGCGGCGGUGGCCGCCGCCGCGUGCGACCCGGCGCGGCUGCUGGUGCUCGGCGGAGAGGCGCCGGUGGACGUGGCGGUGGUGGCGGGCGGCUGCCCGCCCGGCCGCCUGGACGCGGCGGCGGCGGCGCUGGAGGCGGCGCGCGCGGCGCUGGAUGCGCUGUACACGGCGCACAUGGACUCGCCGCUGGACGCCGCCACCCGGCCCGACCCGGCCGCCGUCAGCCGCUUCGCCGCCCGCGCCGCGGAGGUGGGCGCCGCCGCCGCGGCGGCGGAGCUGGAGGCGGCGGCGGCGGCCGCCGGCGACGCCGGCGCCGACUCGGCGCAGCUGCUGACUGGCGUGACGGCUGUGUCGGCGGCGCCCGCCGCCGGCGGCGUGCCGCGCGCCGCCACCGGCACCGUGGUGUCGGUCUGGUGGCUGGACGGCGCCAGCGGUGCUGCCACGCUUCUGUCGCCGGCGCAGGUCUACGCCGCGACGCCCGCCGAGCUGGCGGCCGGCUGUCUUCCGGGCGUGCACCCAGGCCUCCUGGCGGUGCCGCCGCCCAGCCCGCUCUCGCUCUCCACGCCCGCCCUGGACGUGCCCGUCCCCGCUGUGGCUUCCGCCGCCUCCUCCAAGGCGGGCGUGCCCACCACGUACGACAGCGUGGCGGCGCUGGCCAAGCACCUCAAGGCGGCGGCGCACGUGGUGUUCCCGGCGGUGCCCGCGGGCGGCCGCGCGCACUGCGAGCUGGCGGCGGCGCUGGAGGACGCGGGCAUGGGCGCGGUGGUGGGCAGCGGCGCAGAGGCAGCCGCACUCACCACCGACCGCGUUGCCCUGCUGGCCAAGUUGUCCGAGCUCAACUACCCCGUGUCGCCGCUGCUGCACCUCACCGCCGCCGACGUGGCGGCGGCGGUGGCGGCGGCGCGCGCCGAGGCGGCCGCGGCGGCCGCCAAGGCCAAGGCCGGCGCUGGUGGCAAGAGGGGUCGCAAGACCGCGGAGCCCGAGGAGGCGGAGGCGUCUGAGGAGGCGGCUGAGGAGGAGGCGGAUGCGGAGGAGGUGGCGGUGCUACGGGCGGCCUACGCCGCGGUGCUGGCCAAGGUGACGGCCUGGUUCGAGCAGCAGGCCUACCACCCCGAGCAGCAGCUGGUGAUCCUGCGGCCGCGCCACUCGGGCGGACUGGCCACCGCCGCCGACGCCGCCACCGCCAUGGGCGCCGCCAGCGCCGCCGCGCUGGCCACGCAGCCGCUGGUGGCGGCGGCGGAGGGCGGCGCGGCGGCGGCGGCGCUGGGCGCCUGGACCGACAUGGUGCUGGAGGCGGUGCCGUCGCCGCCUGCCGCCGCCGCCGCCGCUUCGUCAUCGCCUUCCUCGUCGGGAAGUGCGACCGACAUGGGCAGCCAGAGCAGCGUGGGCAAGAGCGGCACCGUGGCGCGGUUCGUGUGCACUGUGGUGGAGACGCCGGACGGCCCCGUGGCGCUGCUGCCCACGGAGCUGCAGGUGGUGGACACGGACGCCGCCAUCCGAGUACACGCGGCCGAGGUGGCGGAGUGGGAGGCGCUCAAGGCCGGCGCCAGCGACGCCGAGGCCGCGGCCGCCGCCGCCGCCGCGGCCGCCGAGGAGCCUGAGGUGUGGCGGCUGCUGGGCGCAGACCCCCGCAGCCGCGUGUUGCCCGCCUCGCUGCCCUCCACGGUGUCGGCUCGGCUGCACACGCCGCCGCGCUUCAGCCGCAAGCUGGCGCACGCGGUCCGCCACGCCGCCGCCAAGCUGUUUGGCCAGCUGGGCCUGCGUGACGUGGCGACGGUGGAGGGCUGGGCGCUGCUGCCGCACGGCUACGAGGCGGCGCUGCAGGCUGUGGAUGAGGACGGCGAGCCUGUGGUGCCAGUGCUGUGGGACGAGGACCCCGCCAUCCUGCAGCGCCUGGCUCAGCAGGAGGCGGAGCGUAUCGCCGCCGACCCCUCCCCCCUGGAGGCCUACUACGACGCCGGCAGCAGCUGGCACGCCGACCUGGACGCCUUCGAGCCGGCGCGCUACCUGUCGGCCGCCUCCAACGGCGACCACGGCGCCGGCGUGCUCCUCAGCGCCGUCGACGCCGCACCGCCCGUGUCCCGCUCCCACCCCGCCGUUCUGGCGGCGGCGGAGCUCGGGCUGCCACACGCCGCGCUGCUGCGAAACCUGGCCAACAGCGCGCUACGCCGCGCCGCCGCCGCCGGCGACGCGCGCGCGCUGACGCCCGGCGGCGAGUACGUGCCGCCGGAAGAGGUGGCGGAGGCGGCGGUGCUGUCGGUUGCGAUGCGGGACGCCUUGGCGGGCGGCGGCGAGGCCGCGGACGAGGCGUCGGUGGCGGCGCAGGCGGCGGCGGCGGAGGCGGCGGCGGCGCCGGUGGCGCUGGCGCCGGCGGCGCUGCAGCUGCCCAUGCCGCCUCAGCUGCCGCUGUACCACAGCGCUGUGCUACAACACCUGCGGGAGGGCGACGAGUACGACCAGUGGGUGGAGACGGUGGACCCGGACUAUUGGGACGACGCCGAGGGGCCGCUGCGGGUGGCGGUGGCGGAGGAGCACAUGCACCAGGCGGCGGAGGCGGACAGCGGCCUGCCCAGGGCGUACGGCGACGACCCGCUCCCCCUGGCCACCGACAUGGCGGCGGCGGUGGAGGUGGAGGGCCAGCGGCUGCUGCUGGAUGCGGCGGUGGAGGCGCUCGGGGACUUCGGCGCCGGCCUCGCCUCCGCCAUGCGCGCUCUGCCUCUGGAGGACGCCCUGGCAGAGGACGCGGAGAUCUCGCUGCGGCGCGUGCGGCCGCUGCCGCCGCCCGAGGAACUGCUGGGCGACGGCAGUGACGGCACCGCCGACGACCCGCGGAUACGUGCCGCCUGGCAGCUGGCCGCCAUCAGCGAGCUGGCGCGGCGACACGGUUGGGAGCUGCUGGAGUGCGCGGACGCGGUGCAGGAGGAGCGGGACAGGGCGGCGGCGGGGGAGGCGGCGCCCAGUGCCGAGGAGGCGCAGGCCGCCGCCGCCGCCGCCGAGAGCGAGCAGCUGGUUCUUGAGGCCAUGUGCGAGGACGACGACGAGGUGAUGGAGCUGCGCACCGGCAUGGUCACGCCCGUGCAGGUGUACCUGCGCUUCAAGGUGUACCUGCGCUUCAAGGCGCGCAUGUCCCGGCGCGAGCCCUUCGCCCACCCGCUGCUGCUGUCCGCCGCCACCACCCUGGGCUACGACGAGUUUGUGGCGCCCGCUGGCGGCGAGGCGCAGCAGCAGGAGGAGGAGGUCGAGGCAGAACUGGUCCCGGCCACGAGCGGCAAGGCCGACAGCGGGCGGCUUCAGAUCCUUCCCGAGGGCGAGGACUCCCCCUUCGGCCCGGGGUCCACCGGCGACGCCAGCUCGCCCACCCACCCCGCCGCCUACGUGUUCAACGUGCCGCCGGAUGAAGCUGUGGAGCUGUCGGCGCCCAUGUCUGCCGCGCUGCUGGCGGAGCAGCUGGCGGACAACGGCGCGGACGGCGGGCUGGUGGCGGCGGCGGCGCAGCCCAUCCUGGAGGCGGCGGCGGCGAGGAUGGGUCUGCCACAGCCUUCCGGAAUUGCGGGGGGCAGCAGCAGCAGCACCCGCGUGGGCAGCAGGGCCAAGAGGUCGGGCGCGGUUGCGGAAGGCGAGGUGGAGGCGGGAGAGGAGGAGGAGGAGGUGGAUGGCGAGGAGGAGGAGGAGGAGCAGGGCGGCGGCGUAAGGGCCAGUGCGUUUGAUGCCAGUGAGGCGGAGGCGCUGACGCUGAUGGAGCUGGGUUUCAGGGCCGAGCCCGUGGCUCUGGACGAGGCCAGCGGCGCUCCGCUGUUGGCGGCGGUGGGCCCCUCCAUCGAGGGCCUGCACGAGGAGGUGGUGGUGGGCGGCUGGGGCGGCGCCUUCGCGCAGCUGCCCGCCUUCCGACCCCUCGCUGCCAUUCUGGAGGAGGCCAACCUGCACCCCGGCCCCGCCGCCGCCGCUUCGUCUUCCGGCGCCGACGGCGAGGGGACUGGAGCGCUGGCGGACGGCGGGUAUGGGCCCGAGUUUGAGGACGAUGCGGAAGACGACGAGGAGGACGGCGGGUUCGGCGCGGCGGAGAGGCGCGCUCUGGCCGCUUCGUCUUCCGCUGGCUCGGGCUCGGCUUAUGCGGCGGAAGACGAAGCGGGCGAGGAGGAGCCGAGCUCGGUGGCGGCGGUGGUGCGUCAGGUGGCGGCGGACACGGGCGACGACGCGCAGGCGAUGGAGCUGGCGGCGACGGCGGCGCCGCUGGCGCCCACGCGCGUGUGGGUGGUGGUGGGCGGCGACGCGGCGCACCACGCUGGGCGCGAGGCGGGCAUGAUCGCGGGCGCCAAUGUGCUUGCCAAGCUGGGCCGGUACCAGGACCUGGUGGUGGAGCCGUUCCUGAUGGUCCCCCACGGCGAGGGUGGCGACGCCGAGGCGCGCCGCUCCGAACUGUUGCGCCGCCGCACACAGGCCGUGUCGGGCCUGGGUCUGACGGCGGGCGCCGACAUGCCGCACUACCUAGCGGACCUGGAGGCCAUACGCUCCACCGCUGACGUGGCCAACCCCAGCGGCCGCAUGGACAUGCAGCCCAUCUACGCCGUCACGCCCGCCACACUGGCCCGCUCCUCCGUUCCGGAUGCGCUGUGGAGCGUGGAGGCCACCGCGGCGCGCGAGGGCGCGGCGCUGCAUGCGCUCUCGGAGCUGCAGCGGCAGCAGCGGGCCGUGCACCGAGACGUGCAGGCCGAGCUGGCGGCGGCGGGGUUCGAGGGCGUUGCGAGCAUGUGGGACAGCAACAUCACGGGCCAGCCCGGCCCGCCGCCAGCCCGCCCGCUGGACCUGACUUCGUUUGCGGAGGACGCAGCGCGCGCCGGUGCGGUGGUGCUGGUGGCGGGACGCGGCAGCAUGGCUGAGUGCGGUGCUUUGCAGUCACUGCUGCAACUCAACGGCGUGCCCUUCGUGGGCCCCGGCCCCGACCAGCUAGCGUUGCUGUGGGACAAGGGCGAGCUGGAGGAGCUGCUGGCGGACCUGCGGGACAGCGCGGGUGUGCAGGUUCCUCCGCGGCUCAUCAUGCCCACCGCCACCGCCCUGGUGGCGGCGGACCUAGACGAGGACGAGGCCGACAAGAUGAUGUCCAGCCUGCGCGGACACGUGAUGGGCGAGGCCGCCGCCGCCGCCGGCACCGCGCCGCUGCUGGUGCGCCCCGCCGCCGAGGUGGCGGGCGUGGGCGUGGCGCGGUUGGACACGGGUGCUGACGUGGUUGCCUACGUGGCGGCGCUGGCGGCGGGCGCCGAGGUUUUGCCCGCCGACACCCUGUCGCACCCGCACCCCGAGGUCCGGCUGCCGCCGCUGCUGCCACUGGAGCUCAUCUUCGAGCCUUACGUGGAGGCGGACGCGCUCAUGCUCGUGGUGGGGCCAGGCGCCGGAAGUGGCGGCGGCUCGGAAGCGGCGGCGGCGGCUGCGACUGCGGAGGGCAGCGGCGCCGGCAAGCGCAAGCGGCGCACGACGGAGGCCAAGGCGGAGGAGGAGGCUGCGGGCGCGGGCGCGAGUGCGGGGGCGUCCGGUGCCGGCGGCGCGCGGCUGCAGUGCCUGGGCCGCAGCGGCUGGGUGGAGGUGUGCUUCAGCCUGAUUGGGCCGCUGGGCGCCAUGUCGUGCCUACCGCCAUCGGUGCGGGCGGCCGUGGUGGCCGCGCCCGACCUGCAACAGGCGGAGGAGGCCGGCGCCGCCGAGGGCGGCGGCGGCGCCGCCGCCGCGGUGGCGGCGCUGCUGGCGCACAGCCCGGUGGCGCCGGUGUGCCCGCCGCCGGCGGGCGUGCUGGCGCCCGAGGUGCUGGCGGCGGCGUGCCAGCGCGCGGUGGCGGUGGCGGACCGGCUGGCGCUGCGCGGCGUCGCUCAGGUGGAGGCGUUCGUGUCGGUGGCCACCGGCGAGCUGCUGGUGACGGACAUCAACCCCGUGCCCGACCUGGGGCCAGACAGCGUCAUCUACCGCCAGGCCGCCGCCGCCGGGCUGCUGCCCGCCGACCUGCUGCGGCAGCUGCUGGGCUUGGCCAUCCAGGCCGCCGCCGCGCCGCAGGCCGCCGCCGCGUCCUUUGAGGGGCAGAUGGCGGCGCUCGAGGCGGAGGCGGAGGAGGAGGGCGGGCCGGUGCGCUGGGAUGACGUGGCGUACGAUGAGGAGGAGGCGGCGGCGGCGGGCGUGGUGGGCGCGGGGGUGGACGAGGAGGAGGAGGUGGAGGAGGAGGGCGGGCUGGGCGGCCUGGGUGAUGAGGAGGACGAGGGCGAGGAGGGCGCGGUCGGCGGCCGGCGGCGGCGCGGCGGCGGCGGCGCGGAGGAUGACGAGGACAUGCUGGGGCAGCUGGAGGAGAUGCGUGGCGGCGUGGGCGCGGAUGCGGAGGAGGAGGGCUUUGAGGAGGACUUUGGGGAGGAGGCCUGGGGCGGCGGCGGCGCGGCCAGCAGCGGCAGCCGCGGCGGCCGGAUCUUUUUCGAGGAGGAUGGCGUGGGCAUGGGCGCGGGCGCGGGCAUCGGCGGCGGCUACAUGCCGCUGAGUGAGGCUGGCCGGGGUGUGGGCCGGGGCGGCGCUGGCGGCCGUGGGGGUGCUCGCAAGCGGUAUGACGACGAUGACGAGUGAAGGGAUGUAGCCCGCCAUAGGUGAACAAUCAGCGGUGAAGGUGGGCGUUGGAGCAAGUUUGAGGCCGGUGGCUCACGGCUGGAAACGGUGGGGGGGUAAAUGAAUUGAAGGACACGUGCAUGCAUGCGCACGGAGAGAGCGUGUGCGGCGCGUGUGUUCACGCGUGUGCGCGUUCCUCGGAAGUAGUAAGGUGGAAGGACCAGACCAUACCGACUGGAAUGAAACCAACUCAUCCAAUGUGGCAAGCCGGACAUGUAUUGCGUAUGGCAACUGGUAAAGGACUUGUCAAUGUGUGCGUGGGAAAGCUCGGAUCGGCUCGCAAGGCAAGGCGGCCUGUGUAAUGCAAAAACAAA